GAUUUUCUAUUUGAUACUGCCUCGCGUGCGCGUCCACAGCUUUUUGACAAAACAAGACAACGUUUCUAAAAUUGAUUUAGUUAUUGUACUGAUAUAGUACAAUACUUAAAACGUUUUUCAGCGAAUUGGCACUGUUUGUGUUGACAUGACAUCAAAGAAUCGUACAUUUCGAAAUUUCAUGACUGAGACAUGGCUGGAAAUUCACUCGUUAUUCCAACCAGCGGUGCAAUCCCAGAAUUUUGCCACGCUCUUUCUUCAUUAGAAAUGCUAGCCAACAAAAUUAGCCAGCAACUGGGUCGCCCCACUCAGUCCCUGCUUGGGUGGAUCGUGAAAAAAUUCCUCACCCGGCACAACCAGGUAAUGGAGGUGAAUGCUGUGAGGCUGUGUGGGAUCCAGCCAGACGACACCGUCCUGGAGGUGGGGUUCGGGCCGGGCCUGGGGCUGGAGGCUGCUGCCUCCCACCUGACCGACCCCAGGGGGAAACUGUUUGGGGUGGACUAUUCUGAGUUCAUGUACAAGUUGGCCAGCGAGAGGGUCCAGGGGCUCAUCACCAGUGGGAAAGCCACCCUGCAUCAAGCCAGUGUAGACGCCAUGCCUUUGUCAGACAGCAGUGUGGACAAGGUCUUCCAUUGCAACUGCUACUACUUCUGGCCAGACCUGAGGGCAGGGGCUGCAGAAAUGCACAGGGUGAUGAAACCAGGAGCAUUAAUGGUGGUGACCCUUCGAACUGAACAAGUGGCCUGGGCGGCAUCCAAGAACCUCAUUCCAGUAGAGAACUGGCGCCCGGAAAGCUACAUGGAUGCCUUGAGAGCGACUGGAUUCACAGAUAUCCAAAUGGAGGGGAACAUGGAUAAAAACAUAACUUUCCAGGCAAUAUUUGCCACCGCAUCUAAGUGAAGGACCUGCAAGGUCGGCAGCCGUUGGGCCCUUGAGCAAGGCCCUUAACCCAGUAUUGCUCCAGAGGAGGAUUGUCUCCUGCUUAGUAUAAUCAAUCAACUGUACGUCGCUCUGGGUAAGAGCAUCUGUCAAAUGCCAUAAAUGUAAUAUAAUGUAAUAAUUCAGCUUUUGAAAUGUUGUGGGUAUCCUUGAUGUCCUACAUGGAAGGUUCUGAUUUUUCAAGAUUCCACCCUCCAAUAUAGGCACAUAAUGUAAAAUAAUAUCUUUUUUAUUACUGACAUAAUUAUUUUUUUGGCUAUUUUAUAGUUUUAAAAAAUCCGGGUAUCAAGGAAAACAGUUAAAAAGGAGAAA